AUGGCAAACGACACUGUCUGGACAUCGCAAGGCAGGGUCACGGGGAGGGCGCCGCACGAGACGCCAACAAAUAACGGCACCGCUGUGCGCGAGCCUGAUUCGGGUCCCAAGUUCCCUUCGCCUCCUCCUAAUACCAAGUCUCCUCCGAAUACCAAGUCUCCUCCGAAUACCAAGUCUCCUCCGAAGACCAAGUCUCCUCCGAAGACCAAGUCUCCUCCGAAGACCAAGUCUCCUCCGAAGACCAAGUCUCCUCCGAAGACCAAGUCUCCUCCGAAGACCAAGUCUCCUCCGAAGACCAAGUCUCCUUCACCUCCUCCGCCUUCUCCGGGUUCCGAACCUGCUCCGCCUGCUCCUGGCUCCGAGCCUCCUCCGAGCCCGGUCAAGCCUCCUCCGAGCCCGGUCAAGCCUCCUCCGAGCCCGGUUCCCAUGCCUCCUCCGGUCGCAGGAGUGGUGGGUUCGUUGGCCGCUCUGUUCCUGGUGGUUCUGAUCGUUGUCAUUCUCAAGUGGCGCCAGCUGCGGACGAAGCGGGGAGUUGUGCCGACGGGGAAGGGGAGGCCCACGGGGAAGGGCGCACCAGGCGCGGAAGGGGGAGGGGGGGAUGCAGCUGCGACGGGAGGUGAAGGGGACGCAGGGGACGCGGACGACGUGCGGAUUCGAUGGGUCCCCGCGCUGGGGUUCGCAUUCACGGAUCGUACUAUGACGCGUAUACCCUCUGGAAAGGAGGUUUCGAAGUUCACUCCGUCCGGCCGUAUGGUAUUUUCAGAGGCAAGUGAAUUCGAGGGUGAUGAGGAAACGGGUGAUCCGAAAGUCACCCAGGGAGGAGGGCCGGCAAAGGUGGUUCCCGGAGGAGCAUAG